CCAAGCUGUGCUAGUGGACAGGACCAUUUACGUCUCUGGACAGGUUGGCUUGGAUCCCUCCAGUGGACAGCUUGUGCCAGGAGGGAUAGUGGAGGAAGCUAAACAGGCUCUUACAAACUUGGGUGAAAUUCUGAAAGCUGCAGGCUGCGACUUCUCUAAUGUGGUAAAGACGACGGUUUUGCUGGCUGACAUAAAUGACUUCGGCACAGUCAAUGAAAUCUACAAAACGUAUUUCAAGAGUAACUUUCCUGCCAGAGCCGCUUACCAGGUCGCCGCUCUGCCCAGAGGAAGUCGAAUCGAAAUCGAAGCAAUUGCUGUCAUGGGGCCUUUCACCACCGCAGGGCUAUAAGUGGCCACACUGAUGUCGACUCUAGAUUUUUUUUUUUUUUUGGAAUGUCUUUCACACCUUAAUUUUUACAAAUGAUUCUGGGAAGUGCAAGUGACCAAGUGGCUGAGGUUAUCGUGGAAAUGAGCUUACGUAGGAAGAAGAUUUGUCUUGAACGGGAGGUCACUCAGAACCCGGCUGAUGCUGUGACUGUAUUGACGUACACUCACAUCUCUGAGUGAGGGAAGGCUCAGCACGCCACUCAGAUGAGCAGCAGGAGAGGGAAAGAUGAGCAAAGAGCACAUCUAAUUAAUUAAAUUAGACUAAUCUGUUUAUGCGAAAUAUCUAGUUCUCAUUCAUGUUAGAUAUAGGAAACCAAAUCAAAGUAUUCUAACUUGAAUAGUGCAGGAGAAUGAAAUGAACCAAAAUCUCAAACAGAUAAUAUUUUUCUAAUGGAAAUAAAAAUAGAUGUGUAACUUUC